AUGGCUUCUUCGCUGCCAGCCCAAGCUUCGUGUCUACAAGACCAGCGCUACACAGAUGGCCACUUCCUCAACGCGCGUGGUCAGAAGCUUUUCUACUGCGCCGCCUUCCCACCCGAAUCGGUGCCUCUCCGUGGCGUGGCGCUCUUCCUGCACGGUAUGGGAGAGCACUCGCUGCGCUUCACGCACGUGUACCGACACUUGUGCCUCAAUGGCUACGGAGUGAUUGCGUAUGACAUGCUGGGUCACGGCCAGAGUGAAAGUGAGAAGCCCGGGCUACGCGCACACGGCUCCGAGUUCCAGUACUUCGUGGACGACACGAACCAGUUCGUCACGGCCGCUAAGCUCGCUGUAUACAGCAAGAUGCUACCGGAAGGAGCUUCUGACCCCCCAUUAGUCAUCAUCAGCAUCUCGUUCGGAGCUCUGGUGGCUCUUAACACGAUUCUAUCGGGGAAACAUCACUUCAGCGGCUGCGUAGUGGCCUCUCCAGCCAUCGCCGUCGAGUACACGCUCACUCUCCGUCUGAUGGAGCUCGUCGCCAGACCGCUGGUGUGGCUGUUCCCCGAGUCGAGGUUAGUGGCAGGAGUCAACUUUGCGGGCUUGACACGAGACCCAGAGUUCCUAAAGGACUAUAUGGCGGACCCGCUCAAUGUCACGGACAAUCUGACCACCCUCAUGGCGGUGCAGGUCAGUCUGGGCAUGAAGCAGUUGCAGGAGAGCGACCAGAUUCUAGAUGCCAACAGUACAUUCUGCAACGUACCGCUGUUGGUGCUGCAAGGGACAGAGGACAAGGUCACGAGUGUGAAGAUCGUGGAGGAUUUCAUGACUCGUGCUGCGAAUAAGGUCAAAGAGCUCAAGCUCUUCCCGAAUCUCUUCCACUGUCUUUGGAACGAACCGGAGAAGCAGCAGGUGAUGGACUACGCGAGUGACUGGCUCAACAAGCGAUUCAUCGCAGAGUCGACCUUAAAAAGCGCCUCAAAGCUUUGA